UGCUCGGCCAACGGCCAGUUUCGAGCGGAAGGAGGCGGAAGACGCGAAGCGGACCGGCCGAGGAGGGGACCGGGAAGCCGACGGGGCCCGGUGCAGAAGGUCCCGGGGCCGCGGAGACGGGUCCGGGCGCCGCGAGGGGGCGCUGCUGCAAGGCGCCGGACGGCGGGCUGCGGUCGCCCUGAAGCGGGGUUGCUCGACCCGUGCCGCCCUUCCCGCUUGGAAAGCCCGCGCCCCGCCCGUGCGCGCUCGGCCGCCGCUACUUACCCAACGAGCAGGACAAAUGGGAUUUCAGAUCAAACAAGAAAACCUGUAUCAAACAAUCUAUGGCUAAGAGCUGCAGGGCGGCACAAAGUCUGCGCAAGACGUACCAAAAACAGGCAGCCAAGAGUUACCACAGACAUACUUCCAAAUCGCGCCACAUCCAAAUGCUUUAAAAAAAAAAGGAAAAACAAAACCUGACAUUUUAUUCCAAAUACCUGCCCACUAAUGAAUACACGAACAUUUAACACAAACCCCGAGCUUAUUAAUCGCGGUGUAAACGGACAUUCCUUCUUCAUUACCUACCAACGGUGGGAAAACAGACCACUACAAACACGAAUACAAGACAAACGACCACACGACUCAACACUGCGGCUCCAGAAAGCGCGCAAAAGCAAUGGAGGUAAGCUGGCUCUCGCGAGAGUUCCCCAAGACAAAGCCGGGUCCCAGCACAAACUGCUGCCAAGACUACAGGCUCCAGCAUGCAAGGCGCACACCGACUCCUAGCAGGACUACAUUUCCCAACAUGCUGUCCUGACAACUGGUCGGCACUCUCAGCAUCGGGGAGUCUCACGUUAGAGUCUAGGGGUCAGACAGCACCACCCACGAGUAAACUGUGAAGGUGACGACUUUUCGAAUCACUCUUCGUAGCCCGUAAGAUUAACAGCAAGGAGCGCUGGGCUGGGGGACCGGAGGGCGUGGGCGGGUGGCCUGUCCGACUGAGCCAAUAGCGCGGCAGCGGCUCUCCUGCCGCCAUGGCAACGGCGGUCAGCCCCCGCAGGGAUAGGAGCCCCCAUUGGGUGGAGUCUUUCGAGAAGGCUCCAGAAGAAGGAAGCGGAAGUGGCACGUGGAAGGGCCGGUGGAGGCGCCGGUGAGUAAAUGCCGCAGAUUCUGGAAAGUUCUGAUCAGUGUGAUACAUAAGGCUGAGGAGUUGAGCCCUCCCCUUUUGGGUCGGUAGUUGGGCGCCAAGCGUGGAGUCAGCCUUUACAGAUCCUGGAAGUCACUAGAACGGCCUGCGGAGAUUCGGCGUCGCCUGCCUCUGGGUGAGCCUUCUGCGAACCGCCGCGGUCCCCGAGAAGCCGGGGCGUCCGAGAGACAGAGGGCCGGUUGGACUCUGUGAGAGCCGCCCGCAGCGGCCGGAAGACGCGGACCCAGACCAGGGGCGGAGGCUCCCUGCGACCUAGUCAUGUCGGUGGUAGGGCUGGACGUGGGUUCCCAGAGCUGCUAUAUCGCGGUGGCCCGGGCCGGGGGCAUUGAGACCAUCGCCAACGAAUUCAGCGACCGGUGCACCCCGUCAGUCAUAUCAUUUGGGUCAAAAAACAGAACGAUUGGAGUUGCAGCCAAAAAUCAGCAAAUCACUCAUGCAAACAAUACAGUGUCAAACUUCAAGAGGUUUCAUGGUCGAGCAUUCAAUGACCCCUUCAUUCAGAAAGAGAAGGAAAACCUAAGUUAUGAUUUGGUUCCAAUGAAAAAUGGUGGAGUUGGAAUAAAGGUAAUGUACAUGGAUGAAGAACACCUGUUUAGUGUGGAACAGAUAACAGCCAUGCUGUUAACUAAGUUAAAGGAAACUGCUGAAAACAACCUCAAGAAACCAGUAACAGAUUGUGUUAUUUCAGUCCCCUCUUUCUUCACAGAUGCUGAGAGACGAUCUGUAUUAGAUGCUGCGCAAAUUGUUGGCCUAAACUGCUUAAGACUCAUGAAUGACAUGACAGCUGUUGCUUUGAAUUACGGAAUUUAUAAGCAGGAUCUCCCAAGCCUGGAUGAGAAACCUCGGAUAGUGGUUUUCGUUGAUAUGGGACACUCAGCUUUUCAGGUGUCUGCCUGUGCCUUUAACAAGGGAAAAUUGAAGGUACUGGGAACAGCUUUUGAUCCUUUCUUAGGAGGAAAAAAUUUUGAUGAAAAGUUAGUAGACCAUUUUUGUGCAGAAUUUAAAACUAAGUACAAGUUGGAUGCAAAAUCCAAAAUUCGAGCUCUUCUUCGUCUAUAUCAAGAGUGUGAGAAGUUGAAAAAGCUAAUGAGCUCAAACAGCACGGACCUGCCACUGAGCAUUGAGUGCUUCAUGAAUGACCAGGACGUGUCAGGAAAGAUGAACAGGGCACAGUUUGAAGAACUCUGUGCUGAACUUCUGCAAAGGAUAGAAUUUCCUCUUUAUUCACUGAUGGAACAAACACAGCUUAAAGUAGAAGAUGUGAGUGCUGUUGAGAUAGUUGGAGGUGCUACACGAAUUCCAGCUGUGAAAGAAAAAAUUCUCAGAUUCUUUGGAAAAGAUGUUAGCACAACGCUCAAUGCAGAUGAAGCAGUUGCCAGGGGCUGCGCACUGCAGUGUGCAAUCCUGUCUCCAGCAUUUAAAGUUAGAGAGUUUUCUGUCACGGAUGCAGUUUCUUUUCCAAUAUCUCUUGUGUGGAGCCACGAUUCAGAAGACACUGAAGGUGUUCACGAGGUGUUCAGUCGGAACCACGCUGCCCCCUUCUCCAAAGUUCUCACCUUCUUGAGAAGCGGACCUUUUGAGCUGGAAGCUUUCUAUUCUGAUCCUCAAGGAGUUCCAUAUCCAGAAGCAAAAAUAGGCCGCUUCAUAGUUCAGAAUGUUUCUGCGCAGAAAGAUGGAGAAAAAUCGAGAGUGAAAGUGAAAGUACGAGUCAACACCCAUGGCAUUUUCACCAUUUCCACGGCGUCUAUGGUGGAGAAAGUGCCUGCUGAGGACAGAGAGCUGCCUUCUGUCGAAGCAGACAUGGAGUGUCAGAGCCAGAGGCCACCAGAAAACCCAGACACUGAGAAAAAUGUCCAGCAAGACAGCAGUGAAGCUGGAACACAGCCCCAGGUACAAACUGAUGGUCAACAGACCUCACAGUCUGCCCCUUCACCUGAACUUACCUCAGAAGAGAACAAAACCCCAGAUGCUGACAAAGCAAAUGAAAAGAAAGUUGACCAGCCUCCAGAAGCUAAAAAACCCAAAAUCAAGGUGGUGAAUGUGGAGCUGCCUGUGGAGGCUAACUUGGUGUGGCAACUGGGGAGAGACCUGCUUAACAUGUACAUCGAAACAGAGGGUAAGAUGAUAAUGCAGGAUAAGUUGGAGAAGGAAAGAAAUGAUGCUAAAAAUGCAGUGGAGGAGUAUGUGUAUGAGUUCCGGGACAAGCUGUGUGGACCAUAUGAAAAAUUCAUCUGUGAGCAGGACCAUCAAAAUUUUUUGAGACUGCUCACAGAGACUGAGGACUGGCUGUAUGAGGAAGGAGAGGACCAAGCAAAACAAGCCUAUGUGGACAAAUUGGAAGAAUUAAUGAAAAUUGGCACUCCAAUUAAAGUUCGAUUUCAAGAAGCUGAGGAACGGCCAAAAAUGUUUGAAGAACUAGGACAGAGGCUACAGCACUAUGCCAAGAUAGCAGCUGACUUCAGAAAUAAUGAUGAGAAAUACAACCAUAUUGAUGAGUCUGAAAUGAAGAAGGUCGAGAAGUCUGUGAAUGAAGUGAUGGAGUGGAUGAAUAACAUCAUGAAUGCCCAGGCUACAAAGAGUCUUGAUCAGGAUCCAGUUGUACGUUCUCAGGAAAUUAAAGCAAAAAUAAAGGAGUUGAAUAACACCUGUGAACCUGUUGUAACACAGCCCAAACCAAAAAUUGAAUCACCAAAACUGGAAAGAACUACAAAUGGCCCAAAUACUGAUAAAAAAGAUGAUUUAGAUCAAGGCAAAAAUAAUUUCGGUGCUGAACCUUCACAUCAGAAUGGUGAAUGUUACCCCAAUGAGAAGAAUUCCAUUAACAUGGACUUGGACUAGAUAACGUUAAAUUGGCUUUGUCCUUCAAUUAAUAAUUUUUUUGCCAUAGUAUGUGACUCUAUGUAACAUACUGAGACUAUUUAUAUUUUCUUUUUUAAGGAUGUUUAGAACUUUGUGUAGUAUGUGGAAGAAGAAAAAGCUUAAGUCUGUAGUCUUUAUGAUCCUAAAAGGGAAAAUUGCCUUGGUAACUUUCAGAUUCCUGUGGAAUUGUGAAUUCAUACUAAGCUUCUGUGCAGUAUUAACCAUUUGCAUCAGUGAAGAUGAAAUUGGCUUGUCUUUUGAAGAAGCUAAAACAAACUGUACUGCUUGUUCAAGAGGGCUGUGGGUAAAAUUUGUUCCUGCCAAGGUAGUUUUCUUGCAUCUUGCUCUCCAUUUCGGCAUGUGUGUGUGGAUGUUUAUAAACAAGACAGUCGGAUUUCACAAGGGCUUUCUAAAAUUCUGUCCAAUAGAAGAUGAUUUUUUGCUUUGAUAAUAAAAUUUAUUGAGUAAUGCAAAUGCUAGUGAAAUGUGUUUAGCAGCAUGCAGAACAAAUCUUUCAGAUAUCUCUCAUUACACAGUGCACUGUCGUGAAGAUGUCAAGCGGAAGAAAUGUGGGUUCUUUGUGUUACUGGUGUUGUGAAGCCUUUUAUGAGCUUUAAAAUAAAGUUCAUCUUAUGGUGUCAUUUCUAAA